GUCUAGUUAUAAUAGUAGAAAAAAAUAUAUACGAGUAGCCGUAAUGAUUCGAAAAAAACUUUCGUAAUUUUUUUGUUUGUGAUACGGAGGCGCACAGGAACAACAGUAAGCGGACAACAGCGAAACAUUUCCUUAUCGUUCAUAUUUAUUUACAGUUGUUAACAGAGCAACCCUAACUCAGUCAAAUCUCCGAAUCCAAACGCUCUCAAAAUGGGCUCUGAAGGGUCAAGUGUAGUCGCUUUUGUUGCGGGUGGACCUCUUCAUUGCAAUAUGUAGCCAUAUGAUGUCUAGUUUGAUUAUCCCUUUUUUUUCCAGUUUCAUAAUCCAUUACAUUGACAUAUGCACAGAAUUAAGAAGUAUAUUAUGGGCCCCUGUUGUUACAACUUAAAAUUGUAAUGAUGUAUUAAUGAGUAAAUGUGGUCCUGAAUUUUGAGUUCAGUUAGUAGCUUUAUUGGGUUUUAUAGGUAAUCCUGAUGAAAAGAAAGGGUUCAACAGAAUCAUUUCGGCAACACAUAUGUUUUUAAGCUGAAUCUUAUAUGAGGUUAGUGGAUUUGGGAGAUUUCUAGGUUUGGAAAGGGUUUAGGGAUAAUCUUUAUUUGUGAAGGUGCUCAAAUAGUACCUGAUUAACAAAUAUUUGAUUGUUUCCCUAGUCAUAUGGCAAGUUCAGUGCUAUUGUUUGAAAUUCAAAUCACCUCUAACAAUCAACGCAAGCCAAACACUUUGCAGAGCUGCAUCAACUUACAGCUGUGUGCCUAGGAAUUUCAGAUUACUGGAAGAGCUUGAGAGAGGAGAAAAAGGAAUUGGGGAUGGGACUGUCAGCUAUGGAAUGGAUGAUGCUGAUGAUAUAUUAAUGCAAUCGUGGACUGGGACUAUUAUAGGUCCCCCCAAUACUGUUCAUGAAGGACGUAUCUACCAGUUGAAACUUCUCUGUGGCACAGAUUAUCCAGACAAUCCACCAAGUGUGAGAUUUCAAACCCGGAUAAAUAUGACCUGCGUCAAUCAAGAGACUGGAGUGGUUGAACCAAGUCUUUUUCCCAUGCUUGCUAAUUGGCAAAGGGAGUACACAAUGGAGGACAUUUUGACUCAACUGAAGAAAGAAAUGAUGUCUGCACAAAACUGGAAGCUUGCACAACCGCCCGAAGGCAAUGAAGAUGGAAGGAUGGAUCACAAGGGAUUAGUGCUCAAGUGUUGUAUUCUCUGAGUCACACAGAGACGUGUAUGAAGGUGAGAUAAUGUAUAUAACGUCUAUACAUACAAUAUAUUAUUUGAACUGCGGCUGUUACAUGAAUACAUAUGCAUGUUUGAGAAAGUUUUCAUUAGUUCCAUCAAAUGGUGGCUAAAUAAGAUUUAUUUGGAAUCUAUGGCAUGUUCAUAA